AUGGUCUCAGAUUCAGACAUUUAUCGUACAAAUCAACGUGAUAGACAUUUCCUUUCAUCUAUAUUAAAAUGGAAUUUUCAUUCAACAAAAAGUUUGGACAAGGCAGAAGAAAGAAUGCUGUCAGGAAUUAAAACAUGCUACAAUAAGUUUUAUGUUGAUAUUGGACCAUGUAUUGGAACUCAUCUUAAUAAAAUUUGGACUCUCUCAAUGAAUACAGAAAGUCCAAAUAUUCCGAUUGUGUUAAUUCAUGGGUUUUAAAGGAAUUGGAUUUUGGGUAUUAAAUUUCGAUACAUUUGCAAAUAAUCGUCCCGUCUAUGCUAUGGAUUUGUUAGGGUUUGGAAAAAGCUCUCGACCGAAAUUUUCUAAGGACGCAAAGGAAAUUGAAAUGCAAUAUGUGAAUUCUAUUGAAAAAUGGAGAGAAUGUAUGAAAAUCGACAAAAUGAUUUUACUUGGUCACUCUUUUGGCGGGUAUUUAUCGACUGCAUACUCAAUUAAAUAUCCUGAACGAAUCGAACAUUUAAUAUUAGCAGAUCCGUGGGGCUUUAUUGGUAUUAAAUCAUCAGAAGACUUUAAGAAGUAUUCAUUAUAUCAACGCUCAAUGAUGUUCUUAACAAGUAAGAUUUCACCGUUAGCUGUGAUACGAGCUGCUGGUCCGUUUGGUCCCGUGAUUUUAAGAAAAGGACGACCAGAUAUUGUCGAAAAAUACGAAAAUGUUGUUGAGAAGCAUGACAAAACAAUAGCUAAAUACGUUUAUCAUUGCAAUACAAAAAAGAUAACUGGAGAAUAUGCCUUCCGUGAUUUGCUUGAUAUCGGUGUAUAUCCGAAAUUUCCCAUGUGUGAUAGAUUACAGGAGCAAGAAUUGUGUCAGAAAAUUCCACUUACAUGUAUAUUUGGUGCUGAGUCUUGGCUGGAUACCUCAUUUGGUCCAUCUUUAAAAGAAAUACGACCAGAGAGUUAUACGCAUAUUGAAUAUAUUGAACUAGCAGGGCAUCAGCUAUUUAGUGAUAAUGCAUCUGAGUUUAAUCGAUUAGUUCUUGAAGCAUGCAAUGUCUUGAAAUCCUCCACCAUCGAAAAUGAUGAAACUCUUGAUGCAAACGUUAUUUAA